AUGGCCACGCCCCGCCCCGCCGCGCCGCCAUUGGCCGGGGGGGGCGCGCUCGGCCGGCGCCGAUUGGCUGGCGGGCGCGGCGGGGCGGGGCGAGGCGGCGGCGCCACGCGAGGCGGAGGGCGCGAGGGCGGCCACGGGCCACUUCCCGGGCCACUUCCCCGGCCACUGCCGGGCUCGGGAUCGCAAGCACACGCCCCGGGGCCUCCGGCGCUGUCCCGCGCCCGCCCACCCUCCCUCCCUCGGCAGGUACGCGGCUGGCUCGGGGCGGGGUGGGGGGUUCUCGGGCCGCGGCGGCUCCAAAGCGGCCGCAGUGUCGCCGGCCCGGUGCUGCGGGGACCCGGUGAGGUCCGGGGAAGGGUCACGGGGGACACGGAGCUUUGCUGCACUCGCAAUUCCAGCCCCGGACCGUCCAGGACGGCCCGCAGAGCACAGCAGGUGCCCGAGCGCCCGAGUCGCCGAUGCCGCACCGUGUGUCCCCGCAGGCCACCCAUGGGCUCUGUGCCAGCGCCCCCGCCGCUGCGGUACCGCAGCACCCGCCUCCUGCGCGCGGCUUUCCAGCUCCUCCACCAGCAGCAGGAGCGGGCGGACGUGUUCUGCGACGUGGUGCUGCGGGCUGAGGGCGAGGCGGUGGUGGCCCACUGCAGCGUCCUCUCCGUCUGCAGCCCUUUCUUCAUGGAGCAGCUGGGCCCGGAGCUGCCCCCUCGGGGCUGCAGGGUGGUGCUGGAGCUGGCGGGGCUGAAGAUCGGGGUGCUGCGCAAGCUCGUGCGCUUCUUCUACACGGCCGAGCUGGAGGUGGCGCAGGAGGAGGUGCAGGAGGUGCUGGCGGCUGCCCGGCGCCUCCGCAUCACCGAGCUGGAGGCGCUGCAGCUCCAGGGGGGACGCCUGGUGAGGCUGGGACCCCAGCGGCAGCUCAACCGCUCCUGCCUGUGCUCCCCACAGCAGGGCUCCCCCGCCACGCUGCUCCACAGGGCUGCGCCCAGCGGUGCCAACAUUCCCCCUGGGAGCACCGGGGUGUCCCCCCAGGGACAGCCGUGCUCUCUGGGGCCCACACACCUCAGCCCCAUCAGGCGGGUGAGGCUGCGGAAGGUGGAGAGCAGGGGGUGCUGGGAGGUGGUGCAGGACACGCAGCCCCCGCCCGCCUCUCCCACGGUGCCAGUGGGCCAUGUGGGGGCGACGGAAGCACAGCCACCCCUGGACGUGGGUGAACUGGGAAGCGGGCAGUCCCCGCCCUGGCAGAGCUCCUGUGCAGCCUGUAGGCAGCAGGGUGGGGAGCCCCCUGCACCCCAGCAGGGCUGUGGGCAGGCGUUCCCUGGAGGCGACCCUGAGAAGGAGGAGGAGGUGGAUGUGGGCACAGUGGAGUUCCUGCCCGCAGGCACAGUCUGCUUCUGGCCCUGCCCCUCCUCCGAGUCAGAUGAGGAGGUGGAUGUCCUCACCUAGGGCUGGCUCUGCCCCCCGCUGCUGCCUGCUGCUCAGGGCUGCACCCCCUGGUCUCUGCAUCGUUGGAAUAAAAGGCUGGAGCUGU